GCCGGGCGGCCCCGGCGCGGCGGGACCAUGGAGGUCGGAGCGCAGCCCGGGCGCCGGCGGCGGGACCGCGGACCGUUUUAAUUUUGAUUGCUGUUACUACUGAUAUCUGAGCCAAAGUGGUGAUGCUACUCGAGGGAAAUUACUGCAACCCCUAAGUCAACGAUUGUAUGAUUGUGAGCCAUGCCUUUAGUGAAGAGGAACAUCGAACCCCGGCACUUGUGCCGGGGGGCUCUGCCGGAAGGGAUUACCAGUGAACUGGAAUGUGUCACCAACAGCACUCUUGCUGCCAUCAUACGCCAGCUAAGCAGUCUGAGCAAACAUGCCGAAGACAUAUUCGGUGAGUUGUUUAAUGAGGCUAACAACUUCUAUAUCAGAGCAAAUUCUCUUCAAGACAGAAUUGAUCGCCUCGCUGUCAAAGUUACCCAGCUGGAUUCAACAGUGGAAGAGGUGUCACUACAGGACAUCAACAUGAAAAAAGCUUUCAAAAGUUCCACAGUCCAAGACCAGCAGGUGGUUUCAAAGAACAGCAUUCCUAAUCCUGUUGCUGACAUUUACAACCAGAGUGAUAAACCCCCACCUCUGAACAUCCUGACGCCGUACAGAGAUGAUAAGAAGGACGGGCUGAAGUUCUAUACUGAUCCUUCCUAUUUCUUUGACCUCUGGAAAGAAAAAAUGCUACAGGACACAGAGGACAAGAGGAAAGAGAAAAGGCGUCAAAAGGAGCAAAAGCGUAUAGAUGGCACCACCCGUGAGGUGAAAAAGGUUAGAAAAGCCAGAAACAGGCGCCAGGAGUGGAAUAUGAUGGCAUAUGACAAAGAGCUUAGACCCGACAACAGGUUGUCUCAGAGUGUGUACCACGGAGCGUCUUCCGAGGGAUCCCUGUCCCCAGACACUAGGUCCCACGCGUCGGAUGUCACGGAUUACUCCUAUCCAGCUACGCCCAACCACUCUCUGCUCCCCCAGCCGGCGACCCCUUCGUACGCGGCGGCUGGUGACGCGCCGCCGCACGGGCCCGCGAGCCAGGCUCCCGAGCAUGAGUUCCGGCCGCCCUCCGCCUCCGCGAGGCACAUGGCCCUCAACAGACCCCAGCAGCCGCCGCCCCCGCCGCCCCCGCAGGCCCCGGAGGGGUCCCAGGCCUCCGCGCCAAUGGCUCCAGCAGACUACGGGCUGCUCCCAGCACAGAUCAUUGAGUAUUACAACCCGUCAGGACCUCCUCCUCCCCCCCCACCGCCCGUGAUCCCCUCUGCACAAACUGCCUUCGUCAGCCCUCUCCAGAUCCCCAUGCAGCCCCCCUUCCCCGCGUCAGCCGGCACCACCUACACGGCGCCGCCUCACCCUCCCUCCGGGCUCCUGGCCGCAGCCCCGCCUCCCCCAGGCCCACCACCUCCCCCGCCAGGACCGCCUGGCCCGGGGUCUUCUCUGUCGUCCUCCCCGAUGCAUGGCCCCCCAGCGGCUGAGGCCAAGCGGCAGGAGCCUGCGCAGCCACCAAUUAGCGAUGCCCGGAGCGAUCUCCUUGCUGCUAUUCGGAUGGGAAUUCAGCUGAAAAAGGUCCAGGAGCAGCGUGAGCAGGAAGCCAAGCGGGAGCCGGUUGGGAACGACGUGGCCACGAUCCUGUCCCGGCGCAUUGCCGUGGAGUACAGCGACUCCGAUGACGACUCGGAGUUCGACGAGAACGACUGGUCCGACUGAGCGGGCUGGGGCGGCCUCGCAGGGCAGGUGGACAGCGGGGAGGCCGCAUGUUUGGAGUGUGUUGAAGAUUUUAAGUGGUCUCCACACCCAGAUAGUGGUAUUCUAAUCCUAUAGCGUAGCACCUUUUGUAUGAAUAAUGUGAUAUUGCUUCUGCACAUCCAAAACUUCUGGGUUUUUUCAGUAUUUACUGUGUAAUACUUAAGUGCCACUAAACAUAGCAAAUCGUGCUGCACAUGAGGAAAUAACGCUGUCACUAUUGCAUUGUCCUGAAAACAGCACCUGCUUUCCUCUCGGCCAUGGGAGUAUUUAGUGCAGUUUGGAUUUACCCUUAUUGAUCAUUACACUCCUGCAGACUUGCUGUGUGUUUGUGAAGCUGCCCGGUGUUAGGUCUCUGCAAGAUUCAUGAUAUGUCAGAGUGAUGUCUUCCGACCAGUAAGUGAUACUGUUUUCCAUUUGGGUUUUUUGUUUCUUUUAAAAUGUGUUUCUGAAGAAGUUGGUUCUGGAGAGAAAAGUUUAACAAAUAAGGAGAAUUGAAUGUUUCUGCUUUCAGUUUCUUGCUUGGUAGCCUCUGAGCUGAAUGACCUCGUUGCCUUUGCACACGCUUGUCUAACGCGGAGUCGGGAGGGCCCUUUCAGACCGGGCUCCCUUGGUAAACGCUUGUUGAUUUUUAUAAGAGGUUUCAGCAGCUCGGUAGCAAUGACAAUGAAGGACAGAGUCCUCUUUCCUUUCAAGGCCACUGGGGAUGACACUCAGAAUACUCGCCAGCCCUGCCAGCGUGGGCACCAGCCGGCCGCAGCAGAUGCCAGGGGUCCAGGAGCCGCGGUGCUGGCUGGCAGAGCUGCCGCGUGGGGCCCACACUGCAGAGAGACCCCCUCCUUUUAUUUCCCGGCAGUCGGGUCCUCAGUGAGGCCAUAGCAGUUCCUGGCUCCUCGGUGCCCGACAGAGAGUGCUUCAGAUGGCACCUUGCGCCCCUUCGGCUGAACACUACAAGCUUAGGUUUGGGUGAAAGUAGAUAGUGACAGCUACUCACUUGUCACGGUGCUGGGGCCAGAGCAGGGAUCACUCCGUGAGGAGGGCCUUCCCCUAUCCUAGAAGCACACGGCUCUCUUUCCCCCUAUUGUUGUUGGCACAUUCUCUUUUAAAAAGUACCUCACAGGAUGAUCGUGAUCAGCCCCGUAGCUGUCGCAGGGCGCUUUGCUCUUGCCUGUGCCCUCACGGUUGUUCCUCCCACAUGGAGACGGUGGGGACCAGUGGGGCUUAUUUUCCUGGCCACGGUGAACCAUUGGGAAACUCAAGAAUGAGAGCUUCUAUUUUGUAAUUCUGAAUGAAGGGUAGCUGCUUGUUUAGAAUAAAUAAAUGCUCCAGGCUUUGUUAGACUUCAAAAAUAUGCUAAGACCCUUUCCUGAUGGAGGGAUUCUUACCUGCUUGCAGUAUUUCAAAUGGAGUGCAGUUCUUGGUGACUCCAUUAUGACGAAGGGAAGAAUCCUGAGCUCGAAGCAAAGCUGUUUGCAGUGAUGGGAGGACUGUAAACAGGAUGGCAGCUAAUGGGUUUUUGUUACUGAGUUCUCUUGAGCAGCUCGGCCCAGCCCCAGGUCACAGCUGUGUCUCCAAGUGGACGCCUGCUUGGCCUGUGGGCAUCGUCAUAUAAAGCACGUACAUUGGGUUUUAGUGACAUAGAUUUUGAACCUCUGAAAACCUAAUGUCUGCGUCCCCUUUCCAAGACUGCUUAUACCGGUUUGUCGAUUUUCUCAGCUGUACCAGCUGUUGGGCACAUGUUCUUGAGCUCCUCUCCUUGGAGCUGGUCACCAUUUGGCUGUCACUAUCAUUUUCUUGAACAUACAUAGUAAUAGUUAUUAAUGAACUUUUACAUUUCUCUCUAAUUUCUCCCCCCCCCCUUUUUUUUCCCAAAAAGGGCCUACUGUGUUGGCAUUAUUCUCGGGACUUUUAUUACUUUUAAAGUCUUACUUUGUCCUUACUAUAAUAGGUUUGUCUUUAUUGUUACUUUUGUAUUAAAGUUACCUGUAUAAUCCUAGAAUUCAGGUUUGAUGGUGAUGCUUUGUUUUUUGUGGCCCUUCUGUUCUCAGGAUGCAGAGAACACAUUAAAGCUACUAUCCAUGUCAGGUUUAUUCUAUUUAUAUCUUAUUACAAUACAAUUAGUGGCACUUUAUUCAUAAGUAUUCAUGAGCCUGUUAAUUAUUAGUUGUCUUCUUGUAGUCUCAUCAACAGGUUAUUUUCAGUUUGAUUUUAUGACUAGUGAAAAAGCUUUUGCCCUGUUGUGUUCCAUAACCUUUGAAAGAAUGGAAAAUGACUAAAUUCUAAUUUAGGUUAUUUUUAGAGUAUUUUUUCAACAAAUUCAAUUUAUUCUAAAAUUUAAAUCUGGAUCUUUUCUAAUGUGGUGUUACAUGAAAAGAAAAAAGUGAAGAUUUUGAAUUUUCAGUGUUAUUUUCGAAAAGUAUUUAGAAUGGAGAAAAGCAUUUAAAAGCAUAUUUCAUUCCUAUAAAGUUUAUGUUUUAAAUUACACUUACAAAUGGUAAGGUCAUUUUAAACUGCCCCCAGUUUUAUUUCCCCAUGUAUAUUUGAGUUUAAUUUCUUCCCAGCUUUCUUCCGACGGCACAGACUUAGGGAAAGGGGAGGGGAAGGUCGGUCGGUGCCACGUGCCAGCCACACAUACGAGGUGGCUGAGCAGAAGGCAAAGGGCCGUGUGUUGUUAGCUCCACACCGUACGCCUGGGCACACUUGCUUUUCUUUAUUAAAGGUACUAUUAGAAAAUUAACAUUUUCAUUUCAGUAAAUUUUUACGACAUCAAAAUGUUUUAUGAGCACCAAAAGGCUAGGUUGUGAAAGUUUUAUAAUAAUUUGCAACUAAAAUACAUGAUACAUUUUAAUCCAUUAAAGACUAGUGGGAAUGUAUCAGCCAGAGUAGCAAGUAAUUUUUGUUUUAUAAAUCAGAGUAUCUGUCAUCUUGCAGUAUUACCAAUGCUGUUGUAAAUUGAAUUUAAAGUGGUAUUAAAAAAACUGUUAAACAAUUUUUAUCUGUUUGUAUAUCUUACUAUAGAUUAUGUACAAGUAACAUCUAAAUAAAAUUACACUUUUAACCCUAAAA